CGGACGUGUUUACAGCGGCUUCUUGAGAUCAUAAUAAAAACAAAUAGAAAUAGAAAUAAUGAAUCUAAAGUGGAAACUGGUGAACAAGUGAAACAAAAUUUACGUGUUUUAAGAAAAACAAAAAAAAAAGGAAAAUAAAUGUUAAAAGAAUUUUGUAAAGUUCAUUAAAUAUUAAUAUCCUAAUUAGAAAACAAGUAUACGCCAUGAUGAACCUGCUAUUAGCAACAAAACCAUAAAGAAUAUUUGAAAUUUUUGUGCAAAAAAGUUUUAAGGAUUAAAUAUUUGGAGAAAAAACUUUUUGCAAGGAUUACACGAAAGCCAAGCAAGAAACAAAAAAAAAAAAAAAUAUAUAUAUAUAAAGAAAUGUUAAAGUGAAUUAUGAUUUAUGAUAUAAUUUUAAACAUUUUAUCCCUUGGAUUUAGGAUUUAAAUACCAAACAAGUAAAGAAAACAAAAAAGUUAUAUAUUUUUUUAUCUACAAAUGUGUUCUGUCCAAAAAACAAGAAAACAAGAAACUUUAUUUUGUAUUACAUGGAUUUUAAAGGAUAUUUUUGUUUGUUUGGCCAAGGAUAUAAGGCCAACACAACAAUAACACAGACAACAACAACAAAACUUUGAAUAGUUGCCAACACAGUCUAGUGUCAACUAAAUCGCCUUUUGUGUGAUGUGCAAUGUUCAAAAACAAUAACAAAUAUAAAUGCUUAUAUUGUCACAACCAAUAUCAUAUUACAAAUCUAUAGAGACCACCUUUAACUUAAAUAAGAAUCUAAGAAAAUAUAAAAAAAUAAAUAAAACUCUUAAGAGAAUAUAAAAACAACAUUAUAGUUUUUACAAAACUCUAAACCAUUUUAAACACAUACAUACUUCUUAAACUUCCUUUUAAAUAAAAAAUAAAUACUCAAACAAAUACGAAAAUGUUAAUGGCCUGUUUUUUAUAAAGGGUCAAAUGUCUAUGUGUGUUUAAGUGUAUGUGUGUUUAAAAUUUAUCCAACACAUCCUUUAACGCUUUCGAAAACAUUUGCAACACAAUAUAUCCUUGAAAACUUGGCAUUAUGUCGCAUUUUCAAAGGCGUCGUCGACAGUUUGGUGAACCUUGUGAUUGUCUAAAGCCGCUUAUAAGGAUAUUCGGUAUUAUAACAGCUUUUGUAAUUUGUGGUGUCGGGGUCGAUGUCUAUUUACAUGGCUAUGAAGCUGGACUAUUUAUAGUAAUUUCUUCAAUAAUCAUAUUGUUGUUUGAAGUCAAAUGGGUCAUAACUCUUUUCCUGCAAUUAAUAUUUGGCAACGAUAACUAUUCAAAAUGUUUACAAUGUUGGUCGUGCUGUAAAUGCUUUGGUAGCUGGCGUCUUGCCUUUCCCUAUAUUGCUAUUGGCACUGCUCUAAUGGUGUGGCCCCACAAUCUCUGGCUAAGUUAUGUGGCUGGUCUAUUGCUGAUAUUUUUGGCGGUACUGCGUUUAUGUUUAGUCUUUCGUUUCAGUAAUAACUCAAAGGAUGAGGGUUUAUUACCGCAAUGUGAUUUUGAGAAAGUUGAAAGUGGUCCGGAUUUACCGGAAGAUGGUUUCAUUGAAAUCGGUCCCAGUCUGGAAGAUGAAGAACCUAUUGAUGAUGUUUGUUAAUAUUUGAGUUCAUUAGGUUUAGUUUUCUAAACUUUAGUUUUAAGUCCUUAAUUAUUGAGUUAAUUCUGUUUUAGUUAAUGUAUUAUUAUUAUGAUAAUAUAUGCCGAUUUAUAAUAACUUAAUAUAUAAAAAAUAAACAAGAGCUUUUAUAU